CGAGGCUCUAGGCGGCUAGUCUGCAGCCUGUGGCUUAGCGACCUAUUUUUACCACGCCCAGCCUUCCGCCGUUCUCCAUCCUUUAUCUGUCUUCUUUUGUGUCUGCCUGUUAGUUUCUCUUGCAUCGUACUUUAUAUAGACUUUAGCCUGCUUGAUAAUAUCAUUAUUGGAGUUGUUUCAUGUCCGGCGCCACUGGUUGUAAAUAUAGCAUGGUAGGAGAAGUGUUUCAUCAGGCUGCACAACCAGUGGCAACGUGUCUGUACCUGAGUAGUUCAAACUCUUACCUUGAUAUUACCAUCUACUUAGCUUUAUGCCUACAUCUACAUCUACAUCUACAUCUCCAUCUAUAUAAUUUCUAUAUUAUAUCUAUAUCUAUAUCGUGUCCAUGUCUUCAUCACGUGAGUCUGUUUCCCUUUCGCCCCUUUGGGACUAGCGCGGCCUCCGAAUCAGCGACUUCGAAAACCGCAAAAGAAACGCCAAAAAAACGACGACGACGACGACGCAGCAAAAGAACUACAUCCUCGUCCUCGACCUCCUCCAGCGUCACCGCAGCUCCCUGUCCGGCUGCUGCUGGCCGAUCCACGCGUCUCUGCCGCUCCCGUCGCUCGCUCGCACCGGCCUGGAGGACCACAAGUAGUCGCUUCGGGCUAACUAUCGGUCUGCAUGCCAAGCAGUGUCGCCGGCUGGUCAGUUAUCCCUGGGGCAUCAAAAAGCAACUACAUACACCACCACACGCCAGCGGCAUAGCGCACUACUUGCAACCUAACUGCUGCUGCUGCUGCUGCUGCUCCUGACAUCACCAGCCCCGGCACGCCAGUGACAGCCAGCGACGGAAAAACGCAGGCUCUUCUGCAAGGUUUUUUUCUGUAUGGCUCGAUAGGAACUGCUGCAACGCCCGCCUACGCCUCUUUACCCGCCCUCUUCCCUCGCUGCCAUUGUCUCUCCUUUCAGCAGCGUCUGGCUCCGGGGCGGAAUCUAAUAACGAAUUUAAUGAAAAAAAAAGGGAACCCCCCAGAGAAAGACACUCUGCCCUGUCCAGCUCGCUCUUACACACACUCGUUCAUUUUACCUCGCUCUACUCUA